CGUAUAUUAAUUAUACUACGUACGUAUAUACGAUAAUAUAUUUUUAACAAAAAAACAUUUUCAUAUAUACGCUAAUAUACACAUAUAAAAUAUAUGGUGGGUCAAAAUUAAGCAUCAUUGGUCAAAAUUAUGUUUUUUCACUUCUUCAUUUUCAAGGGUUUGGCAAGAGAUUUGCCCAAAUUUGCAACGAAUUUGGGACACAGAUUUGUGGAUCACUUCCAAAGCCGUGUCAAAUUUUAUCAGUCCCAGACUUAAAAACAGACCAGACUUAAAUAUACCCAGACCAGACUUGGACAGUUAUAAAAUACACAGAGACCAGAUCAGACGUUUACCAGACCAGUUCAGACCAGACCAGACUUAAACAGACCAAACCGGACCAGCAAAUUUGAGUCCAAAAGAAAACAUCCUCAAUUGUGUGUCAAUAUGCUUUUGUACCGGAUGGGCCAUCGCCUAGUUAUGUCCGGGAGAUAUGCUUAUAUAUUGAUGCUCCAAAUUUCCUUAUACUACUUCCAUUGAGUAUUGUUUCUCCCGAAAGGCCAAAAUUAAUAUCGAAAUUGUAAACUAAAUUUGGUAAUUUCAUGAAUCACAUGACAGAUAGAGUAAGUAGGCUCAAACAUGGCAUCCUAUUUAGGGUUUUGGAGGAAAUGGAGCGACUAUGUUCUUCCUGCUGUUCUCUAUUCUGGCAGCCGUUCUGGGAAUCAUAUCGAAACUAAUGGGCGGAAAUCACCUGAGAGUGUGGAGGAAUGACAGCCUCGGCCCUGCCGGAUCUACUGCUAUAGUUGCCUGGGCUGUCACUGCCUUGGCUUUUGGGUUGGCUUGCAAGCAGAUCAACAUAGGAGGAUGGAGAGGAUGGAGGCUGAGAGUACUGGAGGCGUUUGUGAUCAUCCUGGCCUUCACCCAACUCCUCUAUGUGCUCAUGAUUCAUGCCGGAUGGUUCAGCAGCCGUUACGGUCCCGGGUACAGAGACAACGACUACGGUGCCGGUAUAGGCGAGAAGGGCACCGCGGGGAUUGCCGGAACCCGAGUUUAACUCAAUAAAUCAGUUCCACUCCGGUGGAGUUGUGAAACCUAGCUUCCUUAUCAUUUGCUUCGUGUAGUAUAUCUAGUGUCUCUAUGUAAGUUCAUCAGCUGGUUGUAGCUAAGGGUUUGGUUUGUUUUUUGCUACAUUGGUGAACGUACUGAUAUAUGACGUUUUACUUUCCCUUAAUUAGCCAUAUCUUUUUCUAGUGCUGCAUGUCUCACUUGUGUUUUCUUGUUAAUUUGAUAUAUAUAUGAGUUGGUCUUCAAUUA